CCUCAUCUGAUCUAUGUAGCCUAGCCGCCAUUUCCAUUACUCCCUCCUCUCUAAUUUCCGUUCUCUCCCCCUUACUAUUAUGGAGGCUUCGGCAGCUGCUUUGUCCCGCAUAGGCCUCGCGGGCCUCGCCGUCAUGGGCCAAAACCUAGCCCUCAACAUCGCCGAGAAAGGUUUUCCUAUCUCAGUCUACAACCGCACCACUUCCAAAGUCGACGAGACCGUGGAUCGGGCCCGCCAAGAGGGCACCUUCCCCCUCGUCGGUCAGUACAACCCUCGAGAUUUUGUCCUUUCUAUCCAACGGCCCAGAUCAGUCGUCAUCCUUGUUAAGGCCGGUGCUCCCGUUGACCAGACCAUUGCAGCCCUUUCCGAACACAUGGAGGCCGGCGACUGCAUCAUCGAUGGAGGUAACGAGUGGUACGAGAACACCGAGCGUAGAAUCCAACAAGUUGCUGAUAAGGGUAUACUCUACUUGGGUAUGGGUGUUUCUGGCGGCGAAGACGGUGCUCGUCAUGGACCCUCUUUAAUGCCUGGGGGUUCUUAUCAGGCAUACUCCAAUGUGCAGGAUAUUUUGAUGAAAGUCGCUGCUCAAGUCGAGGAUGGCCCUUGUGUUACAUAUAUUGGCGAGGGUGGCUCUGGUAAUUUUGUUAAGAUGGUCCACAAUGGGAUUGAAUACGGGGAUAUGCAGCUCAUUUCAGAGGCCUAUGACGUGUUGAAGCACGUUGGGGGUUUGUCCAAUUCGGAGCUUUCUCAGAUUUUCGCUGAAUGGAACAGAGGGGAGCUUGAGAGUUUCCUGAUUGAGAUAACUGCUGAUAUUUUUAAAGUUAAGGACGAAUCUGGAAAUGGGGAUUUGGUGGAUAAGAUAUUGGAUAAAACAGGUAUGAAAGGUACCGGAAAAUGGACUGUACAACAAGCAGCUGAACUCUCAGUGGCAGCUCCGACUAUUGCUGCUUCAUUGGACUGCCGAUACUUGAGUGGACUCAAGGAUGAGAGAGAGAAUGCGUCCAAUGUAUUGAAGGAGGCAGGAUUGAAUGACCAAGGGGGAUCUGUGAAGAGUGGAAUUGACAAGAAGCGAUUGAUAGAUGAUGUAAGGCAAGCUUUAUACGCAUCCAAGAUUUGUAGCUAUGCUCAGGGGAUGAAUUUGCUGAGGGCUAAGAGUAACGAGAAGGGAUGGAAUUUGAACUUGGGUGAGUUGGCGAGAAUUUGGAAAGGUGGGUGCAUUAUACGAGCGGUGUUUCUUGAUAGGAUUAAGAAGGCAUAUCAGAGAAACCCCAACCUGGCUAGUUUGAUUGUGGACCCAGAAUUUGCGAGAGAGAUGGUGCAGAGACAAGCAGCUUGGAGGAGAGUUGUGGGACUAGCUAUAUCAGCUGGGGGUGAUUUCCUGAAGAUAUACGUUAUCUGUUUCGAGAAAAGGAAAACCUACAUAGAACUCAUCCUAUUUCAGAUCUUUCUCCUUCAAGUGCUGAAAUCUUUCUACUCAAAUACUAAAGAUGGCAUCAGAAGCAAUGGAAGAGUCUGGUUAUAGCAGCAACUUGGAAGCUAAAUUAUGAGGACUGUCAGCUUCCUGUAUCUGUUGCGGUUUUCCAAAUUGUGUGUCCGUGGAAGUUACUUGGUUGGUAAAGAAAGUGCAUAUCAUAAUUGACGAAAUAUUGAGAGGAAAAAUGUUUCUGCUGAUUUUAUUCUCCAGGUCUGAUGGAAUACAAAGAGCUUUUCAGAGGACUAAUAAAUGCUUAAAGAGCUAAGUUCUAACCCCUAGUUACCAACUACUACUAAUUACAUCUUCUAACUACAUCUAACAGUAAUAUUUGAUGCCUUGUUUCUAUCUUGCAAAUUUUCCAGUUUUAACCCCGCAAAUAUCCGUUAAGAUGAAGUGUCUAUUUUUCUCUAGUAAAUGGACCUGCACUCCUUGAAACACGAGUAAAUUGGUAUGAAUAAAUAUUUUCCGUACUGGCAAAGGGAAUAUGACUAUUAAAUAAUUAAAUAUUACAUCAAAUUUCUCAAAUUUUAAAAUUGUAAAAGAUCAGGAAAUGCAUAAACUGAAUAAGAUACUGAGCAGUGUGGAAGAUUUGUGCUAGGUAGUGCCAAAUCUUUUUCAAUUGUUGGAAAAUCAAAGUGAUGCAACCAAUGGCUAGUAUAAAGACCAUGUUCUCACAUAUGUACUUUCCUAAUCUGGGAACUUUCAAGAUGAGUUCUGUCCUUUUUGCAAAAUACUCGGGAUGACAAUCAGUCUUCUGCACCCUAUUCAUUGAAGAUACUGUGAAUUGGUUUGCACUUUCUGGAUUUCUAUGCCAUUUGCUUGAUGAAUCAUGUUAGUGCACUGUCAUUUGUGAUGGUACGUCCAAUCUUCCUUGUAUGGAAGAUGUGUACUAUGACAAGCACUUCUGCUGGUUUAGAGCAAACUUUUACGUGGAUCUUUCUAUCUUCAGGUCACUAAUUCGUUCCAACUAUGUUUUAAAGUUAUGUUGUGUUCGAUGUUUUAGUAAUCACUAAUCACCAUGUUGUUUGAGUUAAUUUUCAAAUUAUUGCACUUUAGUGUUGAUACUCAACUAAUAUUUUAAGAUGUCUAUUUCAUGGGGUGAAAGUCAUACACAAAACAAGAGAAUUAGAGGGGCAAUAAGCUGAAAGGUCCGUGCAGUUUCAUUUUAUGGUGUUAUGGUGCUAUGACAUAAUGGAUCAUUCUAUACUACCAUUCUUUUCAUUUGGAUAUAGAGAUUAACACAUUUGAUCCGUAGACAAUAUAUGGCUGAUGUUUUCAUACAAUCUUUGAUAUAAUGUUAUAUCUGAAGUUUUCUCUUAUCCUACUAUCAUCACACCUUGAGUCAAUGUUGCAUUUAAUGCCUUUGUGUAUUAUGCUUUUAGGGGGAGUUCCAUUCAAUGUAGUCCCUCAGUUUGCAAGAUGCAGAGCAUUGCAAGUUCAAAUUGCAUCUACACGUCAAAGAGUUAAAAGAGUCAUGCAAAUGCUAUGAAGCUGCUCUCCAAUGUUCACUACCCUGAAAAAUUGACGACCACGCUUUGUUGAGUUCAUCUUCGGUUUCAUUCUGCCAUAUCAGGAUCUUCUACUUUUAAAACAGUAAUAUAUAUCUUUUUGCAGUAUUUGAGUCUUUUGGGCGAUUUUAUUUAAUGCUUCCGUACUAUUGUAUCACUUGUCCUUUGCUUUCGGAUUUUUUUUUUUUUGCCAACUAUUCGCUUGUGGAUAUUUUGGACAUAUAUGAUUUUGUUUUUGUUCUGAUUUUCAAUUGUCAGACUUUGUUCUGAA